UUUAUCCUACCUAUAUGCCAAUCGAUCACAGAAAAGUUCCUUAACAAAAAAUAGCACCAAAGGUAAUGCAGACAGGCUUCUUGGAGUUCUAUACUGGCUUAUGAAAUCCAUUGGGAAAUUCAGAAUACUUGCUAAAUAAAAUCAAAACAAGAAGAGCCUUUUCUACAUUAACGAUAGUCCUCAAAAGCUUUGUCAGAAGAUGGCUUAAGAAAGUAAGGAAAAAGAGGCAAACCCAAAUUUUCCAUUUCCUCAAAGAUGUAGCUGCCAAUGGUCAUAUUGUUAAAGCUCAAGUUUUUAACAUGAGGCUUGUACGGCUUCAAAAAUGAUGGAGAAGAUUUUACAAGAGGAGAACUACUGUCAAUGCUCUUAUGAACAAGCAGUGGUCAAAGUUAGAGCCUAUAAUCAACAACUUGAAGUCUUUACCCCCUGAAGAAAUCAACAUAGAAAAACAUUUUAAAAAGAUACCAACUUCUGACUUCGGUGCUCAUAAAGAAACAGGUAUUAAGGCACGGAAAAUGUACUUCGACGUUUUCUACCAAAUCAAGAAGUACCAAUACUUAACUCAAGUUGUGGAAUAUAAGAAAAACAUUCAAAAUGAUCGAAAGAAUAACUCAAGUCUCUAUGCUAUCCUUGACGCGCACAGGGCUCUUUUUGGAGAUAAUGAAGAAUGGAAUGAACUGCAGUCCCCUCCCAGACCAUAUAUAAGGCUAAUCAUACCUAAAAGUAUCCUCAAGAAUAUGAUUCACGAAGUUUUGGUUUACUUAAUCCACACUAAAUCUCCAGUGAGCAAACUUCCCUUCUUGAAUUCACUAAAAGAGAAACUCACUUCAGUCAAGAUCAGAUAUUUCGAGAAGAUUAAGAGAUGAGUUGAUGAAGAAGAGUUCAACAAUGAAGAUCUUAAUAAUAGGAUUGUCCAAUAA